AUGGAGUCCAAUCUGUCCGGCCUGUCAUCUCUGAAAGAAGAGGUAACCCCGCUUUAUGUGCAGCCUCACUAUAAGGAGUCGUACCGGCUGGCCAUCUAUGCCCUGCUCUGUGGAGGUAAGGAGGCCUACGAGGAGUUCCUCAGGGCCGAGCAGAUCAGUCACUUCCUGUCCGACGAGGAGAUCCUGUUCAUUCUGGAGAAUGGAGAGCUGCCGGUCAUGGAGGAGGAGGAUGAGGACGAGUCAGCAGUGAGGAGGCUCACAGAAGAGAACGGAGCCAGGACCUCCACAUACUUCCCCACUGAGUCAGAUGAGGAGGUACCUGACCUGGAUCUGGGCUGGCCGGAGGUGUCACUGGAGGGGACGGACACCAGCAUCAGCCUGCUGUUCCACCCGCCCAGAGAAAACACGCCGAGUAUAAAGGAGGUGGUGCGCAAACAGAUCCAGGAGGCCAGGCAGGUGAGAGGCUGACUCUACCUCGCACACACAUGCACACGCACACGCACACACACACACACGCACGUUCAUCACUUAAGAACAAAAGCAGUUAAAUCACACAAUGGGAGGCGUUGUCUCAGGAAACUCUUAUUUGUGUUAAUGACAUCAUGAGAACUGAGAGUUCCUCCGCUGUGAUUGGACCUGUGAGCCUGUCGUCAAAGGGUCAAAGUUCAUCACUUAUCCACACCACUUGUGUCUUCAGAGUUUGUUCAGUUCAAAUUUAAAAACGACCGAAGUUUCACAUAAAAAUCCUGAAUAGGUUUUAUGUUCAGUCUCAUGUUUUCUCUCGUGGUCAUGAUUCAGUGUUCGUACUUUCACCAAAACCUUCAGACUCACUGUUGUCAGUUUGUUCCUCGUGACGAUGGAUGGAGGUCAUCACGAGGUCGUCCUCUGGGAUUUGUACUGGACGUGUUUAAUAGUGGUGAGAAUCACUAGUGGCCCAAUGAUUCAAUAUUAUCAUGAUACUUUGGCCAGGAUAUGAUAUACCCAUGAUACUUGGGCCACGAUACAAUAUUAAAUAUGAAGUCAAAUCACUGAUAAUGGAAAAAUAAAAUCAACUGUUUGUUCAGUAAGGUUGGCAGAGGAGACAUCAGAGAGCAGGAGAAAAUUAGUACAACAAAUAUAUUUUUAUAUAUAUAUAUAUAUAUAUAUAUAAGUAUAUAUAUAUAUAUAUAUAUAUAUAUAUAUAUAUAUAUAUAUAUAAGUAUAUAUAUAUAUAUAUAUAUAUAUAUUUAAGUAUAAGGUUAGAAAGAUGUGCUACAUGAAAAUAAAACACAGUGUAACUAAGACAAACAUAAAGGAAAGACAAAUGCUAUAUUAGCUAAACAGUUGAAAAAGUUGUAAAAAUUGCAAUAUAUUGUAUCGCAAUACUCACUGUAUUGUAAAAUGUUAAAAAAUCGCAAUUAUAUCGCAUUGUGGCUCAAGAAUCGUGAUGAUAUCAUAUCGUGGCCCAAGAAUCGUCACCAAAGUAUCAAGGUAAUAUCGUAUCUUGGCCCAAGUAUCUUAUUAAUUUGAAAAAAUAGUUACUUGGUAAAUGAGACGAUACGAUAUAUCACCAGACAAAAUAUCGCAAUACUAUGCUGGAUCGUUUUUUUUCUCCCGUCCCUAAUGUUUAAUCUCUCUGAACCGCCCUCACACCACGGGAUCAUCUGGCGCCGUAAUCCUUAAAACCACCUGAUGAUCGGACCUUUGCUGACUUCAGCUGAAAUCAAGCAAAACUAGAUCCGCUCUCUGCAGAGACCUUUCUUCUGAGUCGGUCUUCAUGUCGGAGCAGAUCCCAGGAGACACGUGUCGACGACUCAUUCAUCAGAGUAAAGGGAUCCUCGGAGCUCCAGAUCCCUGACCCCCUAGACCUGAACAGACCCAGAGACUCAGUCAGACUUUUGACUGACUGAAAAUUAACACACACACACACACACACACACACACACACACACACACACACACACACACACACACACACAAAUGACCAACAACAAGUGAAGACAACUACGUCAUGGAAUCACAGAAAACAUCAUUUAAUAACCGAUAGUAAAAACCCCAACUGGAGCUUUAACCACGUUUUCAUACGACAACAACAAACCAGAUUUUUAACCUUCAAAAAGUUUAAUUUUUAAAAACACAAAUUUAAGCAAAGACAGAAAAUCAAGGAAUAUUUUAUUGUAAAGAUUUCAUCUUUUUAAACUCGACACCAGCAGAGAAAGUUCAUAAUCUCAUCAUUUACAUCUCUGACGUCUGAUCUACUCUUUUUCUAAUCAGGUACUUUCAGCCUGGAGUGAUUUAUUAACCAUCAAAAUCUGAUUUUAUCAACAUUUAACAAACUCUUCUGUAACUGAAGCUUCACUGGAACUUUUGAAGAGAAAGUGUUUCAGUGAUUUUAUGAAAUAUCAGUCACCCGACCGUAGUAAUAACCAGUAAGAUACGGUAAAAUCAGAUAAGAUAAGCAAGACAGGACUGGUUGAACUGCAGCAGCAGCAGAUGCCGUGGGUAAAUACUAAAGAGAGCUAAAAAGACCCCAAAGUUCUCUGUAUAUGUACGUGACUAAGUUCCCAAACGGUCAAUAUUUACAUCGUGAUUACUCAGCGUGAAAAAACAAACUGAUCCUGAGCUGUGAGGAGAAAUCUGUGAGAAAAUGAAGCAGAAAUACAAGAAAGUGAGGCGACUGAUCCUGUCCUACUGACGGAAAAACAAACCACCUGAGGGAACUUCUUCUUCUCAUGACCGUUUCUACCAGAGUCCAAGUUUACUGAAGAGGGAACAGUUGGUGAGUUUAACUCUGAGUUAGUUUAGAGGUUCGGAUUAACAUCAGCUUUGACUGCAGACAACGACGAUGACACGAACCGUCCGACGUGUCUCAGCCUGAAUCCUCUUCAUGUUCAGCUACAAGACUCGCCGAGGAGCUGAUCAUUCACUCUCUGUGUGUGUGUGUGUGUGUGUGUGUGUGUGUGUGUGUGUGUGUGUGUGUGUGUGUGUGUGUGUGUGUGUGUGUGUGUGUUUGAACACGAUGUUUCUUAGAGUCGUACCUGAAACACUCAGACCUGGUCUGCUCACUGCAGAGGUAACAGCUGUAAAUCCUGAACGCCUGGAGGUCCGAUCAAAGUCAGGCCGCCCCCCUCCCCCUCAGAGGACCCCCCCCCACACACACACACACACACACACACACACACACACACACACACGCACACACUCUCUGAAGGCUCAUAUAUCAGGGACGACAGUCAGUCAUGAAUCUACAAAGACCUGAGUAAUCAGUCAAACCAGACACCUUCAUAUCCAGCUGAUAUUUAAAGAGGGUUACACUUUGAGUUCAUCUGGACCUGGAUCAGGAGUUCUUGGUCUACCCCGGCUAUAAAAACUGGAUAACACUUUAUUUUCUUCGUUUCAUAAAUACCAGAUUUGUUCAUGCAGAUACUCAUCUAAGGAGAUCUGCAGGAGUUGUCGGUCUACCUCUGCUUGAACUCAGAGAGUCAAACUUGAAAUUUCUGUUUAAGGUUUGAGUCUUUAAAGAAGUUCAAAGGUCAACACAAUAACUUUAUUUAUUGAGUUAUACAUUUACAACAACAGACCACAGUUAGAGGAGUUUUUAGUCUUCCUCUGUUUCUAUCUGUGACUUGGUUUGUGUGAAAAAAGACGAGUUUGAAAUUAAAAUUACAUUUAUAUUUAAUUAUAUUAUAUUACAUAACAAAUAAAUAUAAUAUGUAAUAAAUUAUGUAAUAAAAAUUAUAUUAUAAAUAAAUGAAUUAUAAAUCUGAGCACAGAGUUUGACCUCAGACAUCACUGGGGAGUUGUUGUCUACCUUCAGAUCUUUUGUGUAACAAAAAAGUCACAAAUUAAAUCAACAAAUGGACCGACCCCCGUGGCCUGCUGGGUAAAUCCCUGUUUUUUCAACACGGCGUCUUUAGGAAAAGAUAGAGGUAGAAUAACAACUUCAGUUUGUCAGAGUCGAUCAUGCCGCUCUGUAAAACGUGUCCAUGUCUAUAGGAAUUAGAGUUCCUGCUGAAGAGAGAGUUUUUCUUACUUCCUCCACCUCUUCAGACUCUCAUUCAUUCAUUCAUUCAUUCAUUCAUUUAUACCACAGGAGUUGUUUGUUUGUUUGUUUGUUUGUUUGUUCUGGAGGGAAAAUCAAACUUCCUCAAACUGAUUUUGAACGCCGACCUUCAAAUAUUCGAUUUCUUUGGGCGUUUCUGUACAAACAUGAUCCGAUUCUUACUAAUCGUUGAUUAUGCCUCCAGGUUAUCGCCAUAGCGAUGGAUGUCUUCACUGACGUGGAUAUCUUCAAAGAGAUCAUAAACGCCACGCUGAGGGGCGUGGCGGUCUACAUCCUCCUCGAUGAUUCCCAGUUCAAGAGCUUCCUCACCAUGUCGCACAGAGUGGGCGUCAACAUCCACGACUUCAAGGUGAGACGCGUCGUAGAAGAUAGAUAGAUAGAUAGAUAGAUAGAUAGAUAGAUAGAUAGAUAGAUAGAUAGAUAGAUAGAUAGAUAGAUAGAUAGAUAGUGUUUGGCGCUUCUCUCUAACAGGUUUUGUUGAUGGUUCUGGUUCUUGGAGAUGGUGACGUAGUUACGAGCUGAGAGGUCUCCACCUUUUCUGUCGCAGAGGCGAUCAAUAAUUGAUGUUUUUCUCGGUGCUUGUAGACUCAGUAAAGGGCAGUAGUCCAGUGACACCAUAACAAGCGUUAGUGAAAACACUGAGAGAGAGUAGCUGUGGAGGCGAGUCCGUGUGAAGGUUGAUGGUUCCUGAGGACACUUGACAUCAAACUCUGAUUAUGAAUCUGUAAAAACACAAAAGUUAGUCAGUCUGCUGCUCUAAAAACACGCUCAUAAACAGAGUCUUCCUCUCUGAGAAGGUUUGGUCUGUUUGGAGGGUUAAUGGAUCCGUCUUCUGUGAGAAGAUAAUCCCAAAGAGAUUAUCAAACAUGACACACAAAGACAAUGAAGAAGACGAGGAAGGACAGAGAGCUUCAUCAAACCUCAGAUACCUUCAAGGAUCUUCUCGUCUUCUCAGGACUAAGAAGCUUUCAAAGACUGUAAGAAAGGCUCAGACGCAGGUUUCUUCAAACUUUGAGCUGUUCUCUUCUUCUCUGGAGGACUCUCUCCUUUUCUUCCUUUUAGCUCUUCCUGUCGUGGACUCGGAUGGCGCCUCAGGAAACUUCGCCUGUGGCUCGACCUUUCCUUUAUUGGCAGAAGCCUUUAGUGGAUUAACUCUGACUUUAGCUCCACGCCCUCGUCAGCUCGGUGUUCACCAGCAUUCCCUUGGCUGUGUUUCUGCCUGUCAUUACGGCGGUACGAGAAAGAGCUGCAGCCGCGGGACAGAUCUGUGUGUGUGUGUGUGUGUGUGUCUGGAUUUUCCUGUCCAACAGCAUCCAAUCAGGUUUGAGUUCAAACAACAACAAGUCAUCAGAGCAAACAGAGACGGCUGAGAGAGAGCGAAUAGUUUAGCCAGUAGCCACAUCAAAACACAAUCCCCAGAUAUAAUGACGUACGGCGGGUUCGAUCUUGUCAGUAUCACAAAGGGUGUGUGUGUGUGUGUGUGUGUGUGUGUGUAUGUGUGUAUUCAGGCUAGGUGAAAACUGAAAAGUCGUAUUUUCUAGUCUAGUCUAGUUUUCAUAUCGACUAAUGUUUCCCUGUGUGUGUCGUCUUUAAUAUAAAAACAAGUUUGUUUGUUUUCUUUGUUGUUUGAAUGUUUAUUUCCAUCUUUAAAGGUCCAGUCCGUCAUUGUAUUGUUGAUUAAAUCAAGAUUUUAUCCUGAUGAACUUGUGGGACUGUCCACACUGAAGGUGAACUCAUGAACGAUGACCUGGUGUCUCACAGUUUUGCCUCCUCUGUUCACGGUCAGCGUGACGAGGAUCAUUGUAGCUUUAAAACGAUGCAGGUCUUCAGUGAUGUGUGUCUGGAUCUUUUAUUGGACUUGGACGGUGAGAAGAUCUGGACUGUGGGACAUGUACCAGGUUUUAACGUGGUUCUUCUCUGUGUUAAGGCUGACAAAGGAGACUCCACAGAUCUGGAUGUUCCUCUCCUAAGUUUGAUUUGAUGCUGUUAGAUGUUGUGCGAUAGCGUCUGAUUCUGAAAUCAGUAAUGUCAUAUUCACAACCUUUGCUAGUUGUUAGGAAGCUAACUCGAGCAAACAAACCAGUCCGGCCUGACGCAAUCGAAUAAUACUGACACAAGUUCUCAGUGUGCAGUUGAACCAGAACUUCAACAUUCCUGUCCCUGAAGCCGAGUUUUCCUCUGAAAGGACGUCACUUAGAGUUUACUAAACCAGAAGAGUUCAGAUGAUGAGUUUGUUGGUCAGCUCCUGUUGUUAUAGCAAUAAUAGAGGUUUUAUUUAUAGGCACCUUUCAAGCACAGAAGGUCGCCUUACAAUAGAGGGUUAAAACAAGACAACGUCAACAAAGUCAGUUAAAACAAUGGACACUUAAAACGACUGAAUAUGCUAACCUAAAAACGGGUUUGAAGACGGGAUUUGAAAUGGAGAGAGAGUUGAUAUUACGGAUGUCUGCAGGAGUUGGCGACUGCUCUAAGACUGCAAAUGUAAAAAUAUGUGGUUGUGUGAACAUUUCAUUGACUAAAUAUGUGCUAGAGCUCGUUCAUCUUUUGUUCAGAAUCAGCUCCUUAUCCCGGGUUACCGACACGACUUCCUUCUCAUUCAUCCCCGCCACAGCGUUUUACACAGUCAGACUCUGAGCGUUUACUGACUUUAAUGGGGAAGAGGAGAGUGGGUUGUUCAACUGCGAGAAACUGGAUGGUCAUUGGAUAAUUGCUGGGCUUUGUCCCGCCCACGGACGCUCAGCAUCUCUGCAGGUCUAAGGGGCAGUGGGCUGGCCUGGUGGGCUGACUCCUGCAUGAUGAUUGGAUGAUCUGUCUGAGGUGGGAUCCCUUUUUGAUUGACAGUGAAAUGAGCGAAUCAGUGAUCUUAAAGUAUUAACAUCCACCAGAGCAAGUUUUUUAUCCUGUUGUCCUGAGCUUGUUUGGAGACUUUACCGAUCCCCAGCGACUUUGUCUUUGUUAAAAACCACUAGCUCUGUGUUUGGCAACUCUCUUCUGUCACGACAGGGUCACGGAUCAUUUUCUUAAAAAGGAACGAAGGGUCGAAUUUACAUAUAAAUAAACACAUUUAUGAUUAAGCUGGGGAAAAAAAUUAGCUUCCCCUCCUUGAAGACCAGCAGCCGCCCCUGGUCCGGAGAGAGGGAGUCCCAGAGUCCAGGAGCAGAGCGACUAUCCCACUGGGUCACCAGUAUCACACUGGUUCAGGGUUCAAAGGCUCAGUGACUGUGGAGGUUCCUGAUAGGCCUGAGGGGAACCCUGGUUUAUGGUCAAUCUUCUGUUUGAAAGGAACCCUCAGAAACUUCACAGACAUCUAUUCCUAUUUUCAGCUCAAGUUUCUCUAACGUUGUGAAUCUUUGUGUUUGUUUCUUCUUCUCCAGAACAUUCGUGUUCGGACGGUUCAGGGGCAGCAGUAUCAGUGUCAGUCCGGGGUGAAGUUUCAUGGCGCGCUGGAGGAAAAGUUUUUACUGGUGGACUGCAGGACGGUGGUGUACGGGACCUUCAGGUGAAUAAGCUCGACCUCUUCCUCUCAGCUGGCACCUUAUGUCUUAAACUUCAAAACUGUUAACCCUGCGAGCCGCUUUCCUGUUGACUCAGAACCCAAACUGGCAUUAAUUUGUCAGGUAUGUGAUCUAUGCAGAAAAGAAAGGACCCAAAUACUCACACCUUCCCAAACAGAAACUGUUGAGCAAUUACAGAAAGAUGAAUCAGCGAAUGGGCGAGGACAGUGAGUCUAAAACAUGGAUGUUAACCAGAGUCAUUUUUGAGAAACCUUUCAGGCAUGUUUUUUCAGGUUAGGUAAUUGUUUUAUCUGGCAGCGAGCUCAAGUCAUCCUCUGCCAGGAAAAUGUGGUAAAAGGAAGUGUUUGUAAACUUUCCUACAAUGCUCAAAUCACACAACUGUUAACCCAAAGUUGGAGGAUGUUGAGAAGGUGAUCUAGGCAGCGAGGAGAAGGACCUGGACACAUGGGAAAUAACAAUAGAGCUGUCAGUUACAUCGGAAAUCUGAGUCUUCGUAAGAGGUUUGAGGGAAAUGAACGAUCCACUCAUUGCUCAAACUUGCCGUGGUUCAUUAUGGGUCACUAACUUUUAUCUUACUUGUUUCUCUCUCCAGCUACACCUGGACGUUUGAGAAGAUCAACCUCAGCAUGGUCAUGGUGAUCACCGGUCAGCUGGUCUGCACUUUUGACGAGGAGUUUCGAAGGCUGUACGCUCGCUCUACGAUCCCCGAGCUGCAGCCCAAGAGCAAGUUAUCGUUGCAGUACUUCAGAGACAUGGCAGCCAUGCACAGCCCGAACUCCAGUCAGUUUGCCCUCAACCAGAUUCACUUGAGGUCCAGAAUGAUGCAGGGCAUGCGCGGUGCUCAGGAUGACAGGUUUAACAAUGCCGCCAUGAUGACCAGGGGCCUGAGCGUGCAGGAAAGACUGCAUCAAUCCCACUGCCUUGAGAUGGGGAACCUGGUGCGAGGACACAGUUACGGUGGAGAACUCCAGAGGUUAAACCCCAUGUCUCGCCUAAGGAUGGGGACCAAAGACUUUGGAGGCCCUCUGGUUCCUGAAAGGACUGGACCUAAUAUGAGGGUUGGCGGGGACUUGCUGAUGUCAAACAGGUUGUCCCAACAGCAUCUGAAGCACCGGACCCUCUAUGGGGCCGACCAGAAUCUGAUACCCUUCAACUCUGAAACUUCCCUGCACAGGUGGAAGAUGGACACAUACCUCAACAACAGUGAUCUGGAUGCAUCAUGUGAAGCGAUAUCUCCGCUGGGAUCUCCUUACAGUAGUCACACAGGCUUGAAUGAGUAUCAGUCACAGCUGAUUCACAACAGGUCCAGGGACAUCAAGUCCAGGAUGGAGGAAAUGAGGCAAAAGAGGUUCAGCCUGCAGGACUACACCAAUCUCAGACAGAGCCAAGAGUGCUUAAGGCAGGGUUAUCCAGCUCUGGAUAGACAUAAACUGAUGACCUCUUUAAGAGGUCUGGACAUGAGGCAGAGUAUGAUAGAGUUAGAGCCGAACCCACAAAAUGGGUGGAGCCUUGAACCAACCAACCAAAGAGACAUGGAGCUGAAGAAAGACGGAGAGAAAAGAGAGCAGAUCCUCACCGAAGACCACCGCUCUGCUUCCCACGGUGAUGUCAAGAUGGUCCCAGAUCGAAGGCAGUUGCAGGCGUAUGAUUGGCACGAGCCUCUCUCCAGGGCAACCUCAGCUGCUGACAUGGAUAUGAAACUGAAUGACCCGUCUCUCAAGCUCUCUCAUUUGCAGUCCAGCGGUCUCAGUCUCCAACACCCGAGAAUUAUGGAGUCUUUGACCAAGAUCCCAGAAGAGAAAGAGAGUUCAAAUUCUCGAGUCAACAGCUCAGACUCUGCAUUCAAAGAAGGAAAUGAGGAGAAAAGCAAAGAGGAAAAAGCUUCCUUAAAGGAGAACUCUGUAAAAUCAAGCGUACCUCCAGAAUCACAAAACCAGGAUCAAGUCAGAGGAAGUCGUGAUUCGAUUGGUAAGGGACCAAAAAGCGCUAAUCCAGGUACACCCAAAGAAAGAAAGAAAUCUGCAUCUAACGAGACACAAUCUAUCACGAAAAACUCGAGCACUUCUUCAGGAUCUCAGCUCACAGUGGACGAUAAGAGUACUCCUUCUGAAAAAGGACCAACGCAACCUGAGGAGCAGCCGCUUCAGAGGAAAAACUCAAUGAGGAUGAAGGUGCAUUCGUUACUCACGCCAGAUGAGAAGAAAGCCUCCAAAAAAGAGGAGAAGUCCAGCCAGAGAAAGGCCUCCAUGAAAUCCCAGAAUCCCUCAGGGUCACACCACUCAGUCCGAGCAGAUCCCCCACAGGCGUCACCAGGAGAGAGAUCCACCAAGAAGGGUCACUCUCCAAUCGUCUCCAGGUCACAAAGCUCGGAGACCGAGAAGCACAAAUCUCCAUUCCCACGGCUGUCCCCUCAGCGCUCCAGCAAAAAAAAGACAGCCCACGCCGCAGACCAGGAUCGAAGCGAGAGGAGCACCCCAGACAAGGAGGGGCCGGCGGUCUACCAAAGAGAGAAGGUCUACAGCCGGUUUGAGUACCUGCUAAGCACUGAAAGUAUUCCCCGAGAAAAAUCGCUGAAAAUGGGAGGCAUGCACCCUUCAGAGAAAGACAGAAGCUCCUCUCUGAGCAGACAUGACUCCGGUUACCCGGGGUAUCAAAGUGGGACUGAAAACAAACUGGGAAAAUUCAUGCAGCGAGUGGGAAAUCUGAUCAACAAGAACAAGUAG